GUGGUGGCUACCACGUCGUCAAGAAAGCGUUCGAGCGCUGCAUCCGCGCCGAGGACCCGAAAACUAAGGCGGAUAUUCGAGAGAAGUACGUUACAGAGAAGCUGCUGCCCUCUGUCAACCUGCUAAAGAUUAUCGGGCCCUGCCACACGGUGUCCUCCUUCUUGAAUAUCAGCUCCGUGGUGAUGACGAAGUGGGACGAGGCAUUGGGAAAGAUCCUUUUGGUCUUCACCUAUGGCUCCGGCUGUGCCAGUUCCAUGUACCAGCUUCGCUUCGACGAUAUCGCUUGGUUCGAUCCUUUGGCCAUCUGGAAGGUGAAGCAGUUCUACCGCAACGCCAUCAACGUGCGUCCAGACCUUCGUAUGCACCAGGUCUACAUCGACACCUGGAUGAAGUUCGACUACAGGCCUCAUGGGCGGAUCUCCUUCGGCUUCGGCUACGAGACGUACGAGCUGGACGCCUACUACCUGAUGGAGAUUGAUCCGUGGGGCCGGCGGUUCUACCACCGUGGCGGUAUGCGAACAGGCCCGAUGAACCGCAAGGUCAUGAACGCCAAUGCCUUGAACUACGACAAGGUGGAGGGGCGGCACACGCGAGAGCACUUCGGGCAUCUUCCGCCCAAUGGCGAGGCGUGGGAGAAGCAGGAGAACAAG